GAAACUUGAGUAAAAAGACGAAAAUCAAAAAGAACAAAAUUGAGAAUUGUCAAGAUCUUUCUUCAUUUACAACUUCUAAUCUUUUUUAGCUGUCAGUUGCUGGUAACUCCUAAAAGAUGCCUGGUAAACUGCGAGUGCGGGUCGUAGCAGCCAGGGACUUGCCUGUCAUGGACAGAGCAAGUGAUCUGGCCGAUGCUUUUGCUGAGGUCCGCUUUGGUCAAAGCACAUACAAGACAGAGGUUUAUCCAAAGUCUCUCAACCCUCAGUGGAAUUCUGAAUGGUUUAAGUUUGAGGUGGAUGAUGAAGAGCUGCAAGAUGAACCGUUGCAAAUAAGGGUAAUGGACCAUGACACAUACAGUGCACAUGACGCCAUAGGAAAGGUAUACAUAGACCUGAACCCCCUGUUAUGGAAGGACAGUGUUUCUGAUAUCGCCGGAUGGCUACCCAUCUACGACACCAUGCACGGCAUCAGGGGAGAGAUCUACAUCAUAGUUAAAGUGGAUCUGAUUGAAGAUGUCAACAGAUUCAGGCAAUCGUCAGUCGGCAUCCAUUUCUUCAACUCAAGCACAAUGCCAUCUGGGUACAUAGUGACUGCUAUCCAUGGCUUUGUAGAGGAGCUUGUAGUGAACGAUGAUCCUGAACAUCAGUGGAUAGACAUGAUUCGAUCACCAAGGGCAUCUAACGAAGCCAGACAGAGGUUGUUCUCGAAGCUCUCCGGUGAGCUUCAGAGAAAGAUCGGACUCAAAGUUCUGGAAUCAGAGGGAAAUGCCGUUCUAGGAUAUUGGCAGUGCUUUGAUCUGGAAGGAGAGUCAGGGGUCGUUGUCAGGGGAAUAGGUACCAUGGCAACCAUACAAACAGUCAAACUACCUCCUCCUCCGCCCACAAGUCCACCCAAAGAUAAUGUGAAUCCAUUAGACGAUCAGACACAGGUUGAUGGUCAGCCCGGCUAUGGCUCACCAGGAACGGCCAUGAAUGUUGCCAUGCCACCCUCUCCAACCAAGAACGUCCCAACCCCGAGAUAUGCCUCGGACUCUGAUCUGACUGGUCAAGAUAAUUUGCCUAAGAUUGUAAUUGAUACUGAAGGUGUUACAAAUCAAGGGAGCCACGGUGCAGCAGGCAGUAGUGGUAGUGGCAGCGGUCCUCAUCGAAUUGGUCUACCAAGAGCAGUGUUAGCUCAGAACAACAUUGAUAUGCUGGAGUACCCGUUCUUCACCAUGGCGUCUUUUCCUCAUGGUUUCUUGGUACAUCUUGGUGGUAUGGUGUCUACUAGAUCAGUCAAACUACUUGACAGGAUACACAAUCCAGACGAGCCUGAGACGAGAGAUGCCUGGUGGCGAGAGCUGAGGACAGAGAUACGCUCCCAUGCUAUAGCUAUGGGUUGCCAUGCGGUAGUAGGAUACAAGGAGACCACCAGCAUCUGUGAGGAGAUAUGUCUGCUUUCAGCUUCAGGAACAGCAGCCAUAGUCAACCUAGAAGCUGUUCAGCAAGCAGCGUUGAUGCAGCAGCACAGCCCUGUUCUAACAAUGUCGUUGGAUAGAACAGAGUUCCUCAAGGAACAACAGUCCAUGACACCACAUGUAAUCGAAAGAAUGGACAGUGGAAACCCAGUCCCGGACCAUGUCUCCUCUCGCUGUGCCAUGUGCCACAUUCCCUACAACGAUACAGCCCUUCCUUUCCCUGUGCAGCUAGCAAAAUGUGCAACAUGCAAACGCAGCAAAGUUCCAGAUGUGCUAUUCACCACCAUAGAGCCCCCACCGUACCUGUCAUACACAGGGCAUGGUUGUAGCAUACAGGCUAGAGUAUGUAGAAGCAAGAAAAAGAUGCAAGGAGAAGCAAAUGCAGCCUUGAUCAGCGAUGCCCUACCAUUCAUGGAAUACGAACUCCACAGACAAAUGAUGAAUAAACUAAAGGUCAAAGGAAUGAACUGUCUCUUUGGGCUCAAGGUUCAAGUCACGGUUGGAGAGACAUUGCUUGUCGGAACAGCAACUGCAACUGGUGUGUUCCUGUCUGCUCUUCCUCCACCAUCAGCUCUAAGACUGUCCAGACAGGGACCCGUUGGAGCUACAGACAAACGUCUUCAGGCAUUCCAGGAGAGGCUUGAUAACAUUACAGCUAAAAACAAAGAGACGUAUGGCCUGCUCGAUCUACAGGAAAGCAUAGUAGAAGUGGAUGGCCUACAACAGAACCAUCCCAGUGAAGAGUCUGUUGACCCUCUGUUGGCCUCGGGUCACAGAGAGACGUUCGUCAUUGAGAUUGAUGACAUUGAAGAUACUGAAUCUGUUAUUGAACUCUUUGAUCAGGCUUUGCCACAAGGAUUUCAUAGUUGCAGUACAGAACUGUUCCCUGGUAAUUUUGAACCAACGCAGCACAUACAGACGAUCACCAUGAUGAGACGAGCCUCUCUGACGGAUACAAGCGGAACAACAAAGGUUGUGAGUGGCCUUAUACAAGACAUGAUGCAGGGAAUCUGUUUCAAGCUUCGUAAGCUUACCCCGUGCUGUCUGAGUAAGAUGAACAUUGAGUUUGCACUGGACGAAGAUGAAAUCAUUCAGAUUUGGUUAACAGCAGCAGUCGUAGGCAUGAAACCGAUUGUUGUUGCUCCUGCUAUUCCGAUUCACAAAGGACCACUUAAACCCUCUGCUGAUUCUGAAAUGAUGUUUUCAAUGGAAGAGGUUUCCGAGACUGCAGGCUCAUCACCAUCAGCCAAAGCUGGGGCAUCUUCUGAGAGUGGGUCAAUGCAGUUGGAGAGAAAACUUAAAAUAGCGAGUAACAAGGCAUGGAGGCCAGAAGUUCUGAUCACUCCUCUAGCGAUUAUCCCCGGGGCUACCAUCGAGCGUUACCUGGGCAACUUAAACAUCUUCUUUGUGAGAGAAACAACAUCAGUCAGAGAGUCCGGUGGUGUCAGCGGUUUCAUGCGUAGCUUCAUCGCCGAGGUCAACGCCAUCGUGAGACGUCACGUCGCAGCGCUGGGUGGAAACGCUCUUGUAGCUUACGCUCUCAUCGAUUGCAUCAUGGAAGAUAACCCCCAUAAAAACCAAUGCCAAUGCUUGAUUCAUGUCUGUGGAGAUGCUGUUCACAUCCAGUACGAGGCCUCGUCCAUGUUUCUUGAUGGAAGCAGUGGAAAGAACUCGCCCCACAUUGCCGCUGCGCCUGCCACCCGAAGCUAAAACAAACCAACAGUGCCACUCACAACCGGUACGAAGCCUCGUCAAUGUUUCUUGAUGGAAGCAGUGGAAAGAACUCGCCCCACGUUGCCGCUGCGCCUGCCACCCGAAGCUGAAACAAAUCGACGGUGCCGCUCACAGCCGGUUCAAACAUCCAAGAUUGCUAUCCCAUGCAAGUAGUGCAAGAAGUCUCUCAAUUUGGCCAAGGUUCAUGUGCCUCAGAACUUAGAAUAGUGAAAAUAUUCACUUCUCCAGUAUGGGAUGGCAUUAACACCCGGUUCUAGGAAUUAAUGUUACUUCCUGAUGUAAGCAGCGCACAUUGCUUCAUGUAUAUUUUCUGCCACUCCAAGCUCAUUCAGCCCGCCAGCCCUAACAAUUACUUCUACUUUUGCUGGUGGCGUUUACAUCUUGUUGCAACAACAAUGACUGCUGUCUCGUGAAAGUUGGAGAACAAAGUUCACUCAUGUUACAACAUCUGUCGGUCUUAUCCAAAAGUGCAAUAUUACUUACUUCUCCAUUCAUAAACAUUGUUCUCGCUAGGAAGUAAGAGGGGUUCUGGGUUCGACCCCAGGGCUAGCCCCCACUUAAAUAUGUUGGAUGAUUGCAUGUACAGUUUACGACUAAAUUGUUCAUACCCCUUGUAAAUUUGAUGUUUCUUAUGUUUUUCAUAACUCAAUUAUUUAAGGGUGGACUGGUUGAAUUAGGGCCAUUGUUGAAUACUUUGAGAUGUUAGCUUUAAUAAGUUACCUUCUCAAGAAACAUAAACUGGGACAAAUAAAGUUUUCAUGUACUUUAAAUAUAACAAAACUUGGUAAGAGUAUGAAUAAUUUAGUUGUUAACUACAUUGUGACAUCCCCCACCCUCUUCAAAUCACUUAAAAUCAGUCAAGAUUAACACAAAAAUGAGCAUCGGUAUAUCCACCUAAUUCACAGGAGUUGAAGGUUGUUUUGUUUGUUUUACCCGAAUGCUAAGAAAUCAUGUGUUUGCUUCUAAGUAAGCAACCAGGGUACCAACAUCUUUAAACCCUCUCUGAGGGAUUUGGUAAUAAGGAUCACUACCUUACCAAAGGGCACUAGUGCAUCGACUUGGUUAAGAACCUGGGACCUCCCGAUUGAGAGACCACUGCUCUACCACUGAGCCAACGUACCUCAUAUACGUGUAAGACUCCAAUUUCAUUAAGGCCCGCCAUUAUAUUGCCUUAAACAUUUUGGGUUUGGAAAUGUAUCCAGUAGGACUAUCAUUAGUAACAUGGUGAUUGGACUACUUUAAAUUUAAAGUCUGUAAAUAGAAUUUGAUGUAAAAAUGUAUCAUAUCUAUACAGAUAAAGAUUGAAUCUAUAUGCCACAUUCUGGCUCUGUGCAGGCGAUGUAUGACACAGCACAUCAAUAUAACCGCUGCAUUAUUAAUAUUUGUGUAAUGUAUAUAGGUAACUCCAUGAAUUAGGGACCCACUUUGUGACAUUUUUGGUGUCCCUGUUACAUAAGGAAUCCACACGUAUUGUGGCUCUGAGUAAAGACUUAAACAGUGGAGGGAGAUUGUUAAGUGAUUCUAGGCAUGAGGAUGCAAUAGGAUGCUUGGAAUUUGGAAAUCACUUAACAAUCUCACUCCACUCUGUUUAAGUCUGUCAGAGCCACAAAUAUGUGUGGGUUCCUUAUGUAACAGGGACACCAAAAAUGUCAGUGUGGAUCCCUAAUUUAUGUAUUGUAACUCUUGCCCAGAAAUUGAUCACUGCCGAGUGCUUUAGUGAUUUAGAUGCAUGUAUUAUGGAAUCACAUUAU